GCUUGGUGUUAAAAUUCCUUCUGUUUACAUGGUUAAGAAUUUCUACCUCCAUGACAUGGUUUAGACAACGUGCCCUGGACACAGACACAUCUGGACAACCGCUAUGGAGGUUGUUGAUAGAAAUGCAGCAAUGUUGAGUAACUAUGAGGUGUACUCACUUCUGACAGAGCUUCAGUCACAGACUUCAUCCAAUCGGAAGAAGCCAAGUAAGACACAACAAAAUCUGGCAACCAUUUCAUAUGAGACAUCCAAGUAUCUGGAGAACUCGCCAUGUAAACUUCAGAACCCCGACUGCAUCAGGGAAUUCAUGAAGGCAGUGGAAACAUUCAACAUAACAAAGUCUGCCCCAGCGCCUCCGAGGACAGUUACUCGUGCUCCAGCCCCAGUGAGCCGAGCGCCAGCACCCGUUCAACAACAGCAGCGGGCACCAGUCGCUGCACAGCCCCAGCAGAGUGGUAUGGCGCCCUCUAGAGGCCCAGGCUUGUUUGGCCAGAUGGCCGCUACAGCCGGUGGUGUGGCAAUCGGAUCUGCCGUGGGUCACACAAUUGGAGCAGCCAUGACGGGCGGCAGCAGCGAAAGACAGCAACCUGCAGAUGUCACAUACCAAGAGCAGCAGCCAUACCAGCAGCAGCAGCAGUCGGACCAGAUGCAGGGUGGUGCCUGCCGCUAUGAACUGCAGCAGUUCUUAAAUUGUGCCCAGAGCCAGCAUGAUAUAUCACUGUGUGAAGGAUUCAACGACGCGCUUAAGCAGUGCAAGGUGUCGUAUGGUGUGCAAUAAGAACUACAACGUCAUUGCUUGGAGGACUAGCAGACUGCACGUCGAAAGUUUUAAAGUUUUCAGAUAAGUUUACUGAUUUUUAUGAGAUGUUUUGAAUGACAUUGUUUGACCUUUCCAGUAUUUAAAACUGUAACAGCAUUGGUUAUGGGGGAAGAUUGUAUUUUCAUUUGGGCCUGUUUGUGCGGCAUGGACCUCAACAGCUGUUUAUGUACACUAAGUGUGUGUGUUUUUUUGUGCCCGAAACCAAAAUUUUCACAAACUAUGGGACGUGACCCCAAAAUUGGUCGUGAACAAAAUUCAGGUGGAUCACCAGACAUUGUCAGAAUUAAAAACAGAUUGCUGCAUUAAAUAAUUUACGCCUAUUAAGAUUAGCUUGUAUGACAUAACAUCAGGCCUCAAAUUACAUGGCCUCUGUUGCCCCUGGUCUUGGCCUUGGUGCCCGUAGACUUUCAAAUUUUCCCAUAGAAAAUUUAGUCCGAGUGAUCGGGUUGGCGAACAGUUAUCUUUCGCCGCCUUCCAUCUCUAGGACCCAGGUUCGAAUCACUCUGGGGGCACUACGAGUGAUUGUUUUUCAGUCCCUAGUUUGCUGCCUGGCUUUUUCCUGAAAUAAUUCUCUGAGGGUUUUCCUCUCUUCCUUCCUUCUCUUCUCUCAAUUGGGUUCUUGGAUAGUACAGUGGUUAGGUUUGCUUUUCCUAGAGUCCUUCACAACCAAAAUAAAUGAAAUGAAAUUAAAUGAAAUUGAGUGGCCGACCUAAACGUUAGUAGACCACUACCCUAAACCAAUGCUGUACCAACCUCUCCGAAUAACAUCAGGAUAUUUUUAAGGCUAAUUUCCCUCUUCAAAUGAUUCAGUACGAAUUGUUAUAUAUUUUCAAAGUGUGUGAGUGAAUAUAAGUAUAAAUUAAUCCAUUUCAAAAAUUAAUAUUCAUAAAAAAAAUUCCUGUUACUGGGUUGGAAAAUAAGGGAAUAUUUCUGAUACCACCAGAAGCACAACACAAAAAUGGUUUUAAUGGGCACUGAAAAAAAAUAGAUGCAGAACUCGAGACUCUGUUGAUUGUUGUUUUUUUAUUAUCUAAAAAUAACACACAAGGGAAAUAGACUAAAAAAGGGUAAUUAUCAACAUGAGGGUAUCCGGGGUCUCGGGUUCAAAUCCAGCUCCAAGUCAAUUUGGGCCCUAUUUUAUAAAGCUGCUUUUAAAGCACAAUAGCUAAGCACAACAAAACUAUGCUUACCAGAAUAAGGUUACCAGCCAACGUAGCAUGUCGCAUGUACAAUCUGUGACUGAUAUCCCGCCUUAUUUUUGCUCAGCAGAAAGUUGCUUAGAUAAUUCUCUGCUGAAGCAGAAAGUCGCUAAGCAUAAUUCUCUGCUUAAGCAGAAAGUCGCUAAGCAUAAUUCUCUGCUUUUAUAAGCAGAAAGUCGCUAAGCAUAAUUCUCUGCUUAAGCAGCUUUAUGAAAUUGGGCCCAAAUUUGAUUGAGGGACUGUCUCUAUGCACAUCUGAGCAAACACCUCCUUUUUACGCUUGGCUCUCGUUAGUAUUUCCUGGAUCGGUUUUCAUUUGGAGGGUUUAUCUUUGCUGAUCAGCGGCCAGUAAGGAUGUUUUCAAAAGGGAAAUACUACCCUGGAAAGAAAACGAUCGAAUGAACUUAUCCAACUGUGGACUGUAGGAUAUGUUGUGGUAAACUAUUAAUCAACCUGAUCUUGGUUGCGUGAGAAUGAGGUUUGAAGAGGUGCUUCCCCCUGGAAGAGAAAGAGGAUCAUUGUAAUAACCAAUUCUUAUAAAGCACAUUUCACAAUAACUGUAUCAAUGAGCUUUACAUUAGUGCCCUGGUCAU